ACUAAAUCAAAAUGGCGAUUGGAGUAAAUAUAGAUGGACUGGUUGCUCUGUGAUAUGUUGGCAUCGUUGGCAUCACAGUUGCAUGUUUAUAUGUAGAGGUAAACUUAACUCUGAACAUCCUUGUGCAUUCGACCCUCCUGAUCAUCAUCGGAAGUGUAAACAGUGUAAGAUUUUUGAUCAGAGAUAAAAUAUCAAGAACCAACUUUGAUGGGGACGAGGCUGUGAUUGAAUCCGUAGGCGCAUCUGAAGCAUACAAAUUCCCAAUACUAGGAUCAGCAAUGCUUUUCAGUCUGUAUAUUCUGGUAAAAUAUGCUGGUAAAGACAUUGUCAGUGCUUUCAUGAUCGGGUACUUCAUGCUAAUAGGUAUGGAUUCCUUCAAAGGUAUUCUGAACAACUAUACUUUUAUUGGAAAAUACAAAGAAGAUGAUCCAGAGUCUAUCAAGUAUCCAAUAUUGUUCAAGGACAAGAAGAUUUUUGGAAAUGAUGUUAGUCUCAGCAAGUUCGAUCUUAUUUGCCUCGCUUGCAGUAUUGUAUGUGGACUUCUCUAUGUAGCAACACAUCAUUGGAUAACCAACAAUAUUUUGGGAAUCAUAUUCACCCUUUUCGCACUUGAGAACAUGUUCUUGUCCAACUUCAAGGUUGGAGCAAUCAUGCUCUGUGGGCUCUUUUUCUACGAUAUUUUCUGGGUCUUCGGUACAGAUGUGAUGGAAACCGUUGCUAAAAACAUCAAUGGGCCAAUCAAGUUGCUUUUCCCAAGGAAAGUUAUCAUUGAGAGCAACAAAGAUCUCUCCCUUCUCGGUCUUGGAGACAUUAUCAUCCCAGGAAUUUUCAUAGCAUUGUGUUUGAGAUAUGAUUUUUUGAAAGCUUUCAACAAAAAGACUAAAAAUCGUACUUAUGGAGCAGUAAAUGAAAUGUUCCAGAGAUUCCCAAAGCCUUACUUCUGGGCCUGACUCAUUGGAUAUAUCGUUGGUAUCCUAACAACCGUUGCAGUCAUGCUGGUCUUCAAGAGAGGACAGCCUGCCCUCCUAUACCUCGUACCUGGAUGCCUUGGAAGUGUGAUCGCAUGAGCAUUUGUCAGAAAAGAGCUCACUACUUUAUAUAACUAUGAUGGGGAUGGAGAACUUGAAGAGCUCCUUAAGGCUACAGAGGAUCAUCUCGGAAUCAAAAGAGAGGAUAAAUCUGAAGAGAAGACUAAUGAAACCAAGGCUGAAUAAAAUCUGUAUACACGUGUUUUAGAUAAAAUUUCAUUAUCUG